AUGGAUGCAGUACAAAUUAGAAAAGCCAAGCUGAGUAAGUUUAAAACCAAAGAGCAAAAACAGAUUAAGUCUCCGAAGUUUCAGCAGACCAAACAUGACACUAAAGCAUGUUCCAGGUGUGGCAAGGCACCCGCACACGCAGCAGUGCAGUGCCCAGCAAAAAAUGCAGAAUGCCAUAACUGUGGAAAACGCGGACACUAUGGUAGAGUCUGUAAGUCCAGCACAUCUGUGAACGAGGUUGCGGACAGUGCGGCUGGACUUUUUCUGGGUGAGGUGGAUUCUGGAGAAGAACCAUGGCUGGCAGACAUAAACGUGGGCGGACAUAAGGUGACCUUCAAGUUAGACUCCGGAGCAGAUGUGUCUGCUAUUUCCGAACAAACAUUUUUGAGCUUCAAACUCAAAGACAAAGCAUUGGACAAGGCAGAAAAACCACUCUAUGGACCGGUGCCAAGGCGCGUGCCACUGCCGCUCAUGGGCAAAGUUAAAGAAGAGCUGGACAGAAUGGAAGGGUUGGUAGUUAUUAGUCGCGUGGACGAGCCGACCGACUGGUGCUGUGGCAUGGUUGUAGCUCCCAAAAAGGACAAAGAGAAGGUGCGUAUCUGUGUGGACAUGACACCUUUAAAUGAGUCCGUGUGUCGUGAAAGAUACAUACUUCCUUCUGUAGACCAAACGCUAGGCAUGCUCACAGGUGCUCAGUAUUUUUCUAAACUUGACGCAAAUAUGGGCUUUUGGCAAAUACCACUAUCCAAAGAGUCUGCACUCCUCACCACCUUCAUUACGCCAUUCGGCAGGUACCAUUUUAACCGUUUGCCAUUUGGCAUCUCCAGCGCGCCCGAACAUUUUCAAAACAUGAUGGUGACAGAGGUUACAGCAGAUCUCGAGGGAGUCGUCUGUCACAUGGACGAUAUCCUGGUCUGGGGAUCGACCGUAGAGGAGCAUGACACAAGACUGCAUGCUGUCCUGCAGCGGGCAGAGAAAGCCGGCGUUACGUUGAACAUGUCGAAAUGCGAGUUUAACAAACGAAAAGUAAAAUUCCUUGGAUUCAUCGUCUCAGCAGAUGGAAUGAGUCCUGAUCCAGACAAAACCCAAGCUGUUCAGGACAUGAAGGAGCCAAGCAACGUGAGUGAGCUUAGGAGCUUUCUCGGUAUGGUGAACCAACUGGGGAAGUUUAUUCCAAACCUUUCUGAAAAGGAUAAACCACUGAGAGACUUACUUUCAACUAAGAACAUGUGGUACUGGGGGCGCGACCAGCAAAAGGCGUUUCACAACCUUAAACACGAACUGUCUUCUCCUCCUGUGUUACAGCUCUACAACCCGAAUAAGCCACAGAAAAUCUCCGCGGAUGCCUCUUCAUUUGGCCUGGGGGCAGUCAUGCUACAGAAAGAGGGAGAUGUGUGGUCGCCAGUUGCUUAUGCUUACCGAUCUUUAACACCUACAGAGCAGCGCUACGCUCAGGUGGAAAAAGAAGCGCUAGCUCUUACGUGGGCCUGUGAGAGGUUUAAUGACUUUAUUCUAGGCCUUCACUUUGAACUCGAAACUGACCACAAGCCACUAGUGAGUCUUCUGGGAGGACAAGCUUUGGAUGCGCUUCCGCCGCGGAUACAGAGAUUCCGUAUGCGCUUAAUGAGGUACUCAUACACAAUAAAGCACAUCCCUGGCAAAAGUCUCACCACAGCUGACACACUCUCACGCUUACCGCUUACAAACAGUGUUACGGGCGCUGAUACAGAUCUUAUGGAGGACACUAAUAUUUACCUUGAAUCUGUGCUAGAGGGCCUUCCUACAAGCAGUAAAUAUCUGGCAGAUCUUCAAGAGCAGCUGAUGUCUGACAGUGUCUGUUCUCAAGUCAUAAGGUACUGUGCAGAAGGCUGGCCGGAUCGUAACCAGCUACAAGGAGCGGUGAAGCACUACUGGCCUGAGAGAGCUGUUCUGAGUGUGCACAACGGACUACUACUUAGGGGCACAAGGUUAGUUAUUCCUGCUAACAUGAGAAACUCAGUUUUGGACAAAAUACACGAGGGGCACCAGGGGGUGGUUAAGUGCAGAGAGCGUGCCCGUCAGGCAGUGUGGUGGCCAGGUUUAAGCAACCAGAUCAGUGAACUUGUCCUCAAAUGCAGACAGUGCAUACAGGAAAGAGUCAAUGCAAGAGAGCCUUUAAUGCCCACAGAUUUACCUGAAAGACCAUGGCAGAAGUUAGGUGCUGACUUGUUCGCUCUGAAAGAUAAAAACUAUAUGUUGCUAGUGGACUACUUCUCUAGGUAUAUAGAGAUUGCUCAGCUCAGCCCAACUCGCUCUGCCAAUGUCAUUGUGCAUUUGAAAUCAAUAUUUGCACGUCAUGGAAUACCAGAGAUACUGAUCACGGACAACGGCCCGCAGUUUGCAUGUCAGGAAAUGAAAGACUUCGCAAGUGAAUACUGUUUUGAGCAUGUGACCAGUAGUCCCAGAUACCCCCAAAGCAACGGUGAGGCGGAGAGAGCUGUCCAAACAGUUAAAAAUCUCCUCAAGAAAGCUAGUGAUCCGUACAGAGCUCUAUUAGCCUAUAGGACCACAGCGCUGGCAAAUGGCUACAGCCCUGCACAGCUUCUCAUGGGGCGUCGACUUCGUACCACCCUGCCGAUGCUUCCAGAGGCCUUGCAGCCUUGUGUGCCAAAUCUUCGACAACUUCGGCAUGUAGAGAGGGAGAGAAGGAUGAGACAAACCGAAUGUUUCAACAAAAGACACAGAACAAGAGAUCUGGAUAAACUGAUACCCGGAAACCCUGUUUGGAUUGCAAAUGCAAAAGCAACAUCUGUCCACCCAACUCCGCGGUCCUAUGUCAUCAGUGGACCGCAGGGAACUAUUAGAAGGAAUCGCAGUCAUCUUGUGCCUUUGCCGAUAUCAGAGACUCAUACUGAAACACAACUGACCCGGUCUAAUGAAUGA